UUCAAGCACAGGUGAGUUCAUCUAUUUUGCUAGGUCAGCAAUUACCACACCUGAGUCCACACAUACAGUACUCCUGAAAAUAAGACCAGCUGACGGUUCUUGAGGACUGAAGCUGAGAACCACUGCGCUGACAAUUACAUAACACCCAUCAAAGAGUGGUUUGGCAGGAUUGGUAGUUACGACUCAGUUACAUGUGCCACAAGCAAUAUGGAUGCCAUGAACAGCUGAAUGUGCCGGACAUGACGCAUGAGAUCACACGCUACACAUGCUCGCAGCUCUGCGCGUUCCUCGUACGUCAUCAUGCGGUUCAAAAAUCGGUAUUUUCUGUGUGAGUUGGUCCUGGAGGAUCCCCGCUGGCGGCAGAAUAUCACGCAUGGCACGGUCCUGCACAACGUGAGAGUCGCUGUGUCCAAGCUACACGGGGACUUCGGCGCUGCGGCAUGCUCCAUCUCCCUGUCAGUGAAAUACCUUAAUGCAUACACUGGCAUAAUACUGCUCCGAUGCCGUAAAGCUUUUCAUCAGAUUCUAUGGUCAUCCCUUCCUUUUAUCACCAGCUUAGAGAACAAGGGUCAACGAUAUCCGUGUUUCAUCAACACGUUACAUCUUGGAGGCACUAUACGUACAUGCCAAAAAAAGCUUAUUGAGUACAACAGAAAACAGUUGGGGAUAUUACUGAAAAACUGUACAAAUACUGAGGAGAAAGCGGCUAUCCGUCAGUCUCUAACCAGCUGUUCCUUGCAUAAUAUUGAAGAACCAGAAUUUAUGACUGUCAAGGAAGAGGAGAUGGAAUAACAGUUUCUUGACAAGAACAGUGUUUUGAUUUUUUUUUUUUUUUUUGCUUAUUUAUUUAACAUUUGGUAAUUAGGGGAGUGGUUUAUUAAGGUGGCUGAUACAUUUUUGCAGACCUGCUGUGGAUUAUGCACCUUACCUAUUUUCUAUAAUAUACCUAGCAUCCAAAUAAAUGUGUACCCUCUCCCCAGUACGAAA